AUGGUCGAGUACGGAGUCGAGGACGACUUCGCCACCACGGUCCUGGAGCGGAGGCAUAAUCCCGCCAUGUUCUGUAAGCUGGCGCCCCCAGGCGAUGCACAGCAGCCCAACAGAGGCCUCAGUCGAUGCAUGUUGCAGUCCAACUCAUACGUCCGCAGCGCAAAGGAGUGCAAGCAAAUCGCUCUGGCCAAAGAGGAGGUGGCGGCAGCACGCGCAGCUUUCAAAGAUCUGUGGGACAGCAUGGACGACUAUUCGGCCUUCGAGGAGGCGUACGAGGAGUGGAGACAUGAUAUCAAUGACAAAAGUGGGUGCGCAGCUACCCUUUUCACGACGGACGAGAUGCAUUCUGACAUCCGGUCGUUUGGAUGGCCUGCCGACGACGUUGUCACGCGCGGGCGUGACUAUGAAGCCAAAGCCGACGUGACCACGGGCAUUGAUUGGAGCCAGUACUCAUCUUUCAACCUAUUCGGUUUAGGCGUCCACAGGCAUGCGCGCAUUGUAAGCGGCGUCUGCUACAGCCCGAAAGUGUUCGACAUCACGAAGCAGGCUCGGGGCGCAGAGCGCCGCUACGCCGACGUCGCCGACCACUUCGGCUUCUCCAUGACAGUCGUGCGCACAGAUUCGGCGGUCGUGUGGAGAGGUUUCAGUCGGCACGUUCUGCCGACGGCGCAGUGGGUGCGCCGCGUCGAGGAAGUCGAGGGCGCGCUGUUGCACAUCACUUACAGCGGUGAGGGCGCACUCGGCCGCGUUGCUGCCACCCAUGCGUGUCUCAGUUUGGCUCUGAAUGCGAUGGGGGCACACGUGCCGACCAGCGUGCAAGGCCCAUUCCGCGCGCUCGAGCACGGGAACCAAUGGCUGUCGCAUCUCGGCUUCGCCUUGAUCCGGCAGCCGCGGGGUCCGACUGGUCCAGGGCGUUGCGUCAAGUGGGGGCCGCCGCGGCGCGAAGUUGGACUGGCUGCUAGCGUCGGCCACUUCGCGGCCGUCAUUCUGCGGCCCGGCAGCGCAACUGUGGUAGACCGCCGAGCAGGUCUGCCAGCGGUUCGCGAGUGGCGCGCGCGGGGCGACAUUCCGGACGAGGCAGCCCGGGUAUCGGCGAAUCGAGAUGAGGCAAUGCGGCGCAGAUCUUUGCGCUUGUUCUGCCCGUUGCCGCCGGUGGGGUGGCCCAGCACUCAGGUGCCCCAAGUUCCGCGUGAUUUCUCCCUCGAGCUGCCGCGUCUUCCGAAGAUCCGCCUACUCGAGCGACUCAAUGCUCGCCCUCGGGACGCUCAGUUGCACUUCGUCGAGGAGUCGCACUCCUACUACAUUCGCGGCGUGCGAACCCAUGGGUCAGUGACGGGGUUGAUACACGAGUACUCUCGAGGUUUCGACGCUGUCGCAGUGAUCGAGAAGAUGCGGAGCGGGCGGAACUGGCCGCGACCUGAUUAUUUGCGCUGCCCUCGCCCCGAAUACGCGCUCGCGAAGCUGCGGACCAUGCCGGAGGCUGCUCGCUUGCACGACUUACUUGUUUCGCGCGGGGCCUGCGACGCCGAGAUCUGCGCCGAGGUGAAAGCAACUGCGAGAGCGGCGCCCCACCUGGCAUGCCUGAUGGAGAGUUUAUCUCUCUCGGAUCAGGAGAUCGCGGAGAAACGGCGCAUGAACAAAGAAGAGGCGGCUAGGCGGGGCACCUGGAUGCAUUGGACGUUCGAGGCCCACCUCAACCGCGUUCCAGUGCCCCGCGAUGCCGUAGAAUUCCAGUUGUUCUCGAAAUUCCUGGGCGCGCUGAGAGGUCUGGCGGCUUUCCGCACCGAGUGGGCCAUCUUCGCGGAGCACGAGGGGCUUGCUGGGUCAAUCGACCUCGUGGCUCGAGACUCCGCGGGCAGUCUGUACAUAUACGAUUGGAAGCGGGCAAAGAGUUUACGUUCGAAGUUCACGAACCAAUGGGAUAAUAUGAAGUUUCCAUUGAGCCGGUUGCCAGACUGCCAGGGAAAUCAUUACCGGGCCCAGCUUAACAUCUACAGGUUGAUGUUGGAGCAUUGCUACGGCGCCCGCGUGGCCGCGAUGUCUGCGGUCUGCCUGCAUCCGGACAACGGCGACCAGCCAUUUGUAGACGACGUGCCGGUGAUCCCAGAGAUCGAGGAGCUCAUGGCCAUUCAGCGCGCGAGGUCCCGAGAGUUGCGGGCAAUGGCGUCGGAAGACGCCCGCGAGAUAGACCCUGCGGGCGGCUGGCGACGGCUAGUCGCGGCGGCGCGCAUGCCUUAUUGCCUGAGCACCGCGGCCAAUUUCGGUCGUGCGUUUCGCCGGACAUCAAGGUCGCGCCCUGGCGAGGCCGCGGCAAAGGCGCGCCGCCCUCUUGAGGUGCCGUUGGAAUUGCCGAAUGCCGACUUGCAACGGUUGAGAAUUGCGCGCGUGGGUUCUGCGGAGGCCACGGUGACAGCCGCGUGCUCUCAUGCUUCGCGGAAGUACUGA